GGACCUUAUCGCUCAGGGGUUACAACAACUGGAGUGGCACGCGUGCGUGUGUAGUGCUUGUUUAUGUAAUGCCAUAUGUAACUGUGACCGCUCGCGUGUGCGCGCGCGCGCUGGAUCUGGCGCGAGCUGGUCCAGCACCGCGGCGGCGACAGCGGUCGCACGUUAAACAUCAGCCACCCGUGCGUGUUAUUCUGCGGACUGGGGACUCGUGAGAUUUCAGCUGUGCGGGCUUGACCCGACAGACGGGAGGGCGCUCGAGCUCCACCGUUUUCACGCACGGCACGCACGUCGACCCGGUGAAAUCGUCACGCUGAUAGAAUCUGUGGAAUCUGUCGCGAGUGUUCCUGCGCGCGCGGUCGGAGAGCAUCCCGACAGAGAGCGAGGUCCGGUCGGUCGGUCUGUAGUCGGUGUGGGUCCACGGAAGGCUUUGGCGUGCAGGGGAGCUGCAGAGGGACUUGCGCUGGACUCCUUGGCCGAAUCGGAGCAUCCCAUUCCCGGCAGCAUCCAUCCCUCCGCGCCUCAGCUCCAGCGGGAGGCCGGGAGCGGCGGCAGGAUGUAGCAGCGGAUUAACGGAGGAGAGAGGGGCGCUCAGAGGAAGAGAGCGGGACCGAGGCGGGACGGAGGGGACAUGGGGAAGGACCAGGAGCUGCUCCAGGCCGUGAAGACCGAGGACCUGCUGACAGCUCAGCGGCUUCUACAGAGACCACGGCCAGGGAAAGCCAAGCUUCUCGGAGCAGCAAAGCGGGUGAACGUCAACAUCCAGGAUGCAGAUGGGCUGUCGCCGCUGCAUCAUGCUGCUCUGAGUGGCAACAAGGAGAUGAUCUCUCUGCUGUUGGAGGCCCAGGCAGCAGUGGAUAUCAAAGACCAUAAAGGAAUGCGUCCCCUGCAUUAUGCUGCAUGGCAGGGGAAGACUGAGCCUAUGAAAAUGCUGCUGAAGGCAGGCUCGUCAGUCAACGGACAGUCAGACGAAGGACAGAUCCCGCUCCACCUGUCAGCUCAGCAUGGACACUAUGAUGGGUCGGAGAUGUUGCUGCAGCACCAGUCCAACCCGUGCAUCUCAGACGCAGCUGGGAAAACUCCACUGGACCUCGCUUGCGAAUUUGGACGUGUUGGAGUGGUCCAGCUCCUGCUCAGCAGUAACAUGUGUGCAGCCAUGCUGGAACCAAAACCCUCCGACCCCAACGGAGUGUCACCUUUGCAUCUGGCUGCCAAGAACGGACACAUCGAAGUGAUACGGUUGCUGAUUCAGGCUGGAAUAGAUAUCAACAGACAGUCCGAGUCUGGCACAGCACUACAUCAGGCUGCCCUCUGUGGGAAGACGGAGGUAGUACGCCUGCUGCUGGAUAGCGGCAUCAGCGCAGGAGUGAGAAACACUCUGAGUCAGACUGCCCUGGACAUCGUUAACCAGUUCACCACCACGCAGGCCAGCCGGGAGAUCAAACAGUUACUGAGAGAUGCCUCAGCUGCAAUGCAGGUGCGAGCACUAAAGGAUUACUGCAACAACUAUGACCUUACCAGCCUCAACAUCAAAGCUGGCGACAUCAUCACGGUUUUAGAGCAGCACUCUGACGGCCGAUGGAAAGGCUGUAUUCAUGACAACCGGACAGGAAAUGACCGUGUGGGCUACUUCCCCUCCAACAUGGUGGAAGUCAUCAAGAGGGCAGGUCACUCCCCCUCCCAGCAGUGCCACACCCUCCUCCUCCGCAGGCCCAACCCUUGCCCCAUUGCCUCGGUCAACGGAAACUCAUACCCCCCCUCCAAAGUCCUUCCCCUGCAUCUGCCUCCCCCUCCUCCCCUUAACCCCAACACACAGUCCCUUCCUCGGUUCUCCUCAUUUGGGUACGUUCCUCUCCCUAUCUCUCCUCCUUCUCUGUGUACUCCUCCUCUGUCCACUGCUCCUCCUCCUCCUCCUCUCUCCACUUCUCAGGAGCAGCAAAGUCAGACAGGUUCACGAACUGCAGAGCUGAGUCCUCAGGGCUCUCCCACUUUGGGACAGCAGAGCAGCACCAGUGAGGACAUCUGGGUGCUGCGCAAACCGCUGGCAGGUGGCGAGCGCAGCGGCAGCGUCGGCAGCCUCGGCAGUGUUCGGUCAUCGAGCAGCUUGCAGGGCUCUGGAAACACGCAUGUUUUGACCACUCCCGCACCCAGUCCCCACCCUGCGCCCACGCCAGGGGUCAACACCCACGGCCUUAAUGCUCCAGGCCUGCAUGCACAAGCAGAAGGAGUCAAGCUCCUGGCCACUGUGCUGUCUCAGUCGGUAAAAGCCAAGGAGCAUCUCUUGGAGCAGUCGCAGUCUGUGGAGCAGUCAGCAAGCUCUUCCAGCAGCACGGUUCACGAGCAGCGCUCGUUUGAACGGAAGGCCGAAGAGGAUGAUGGGAAAAAGCAGGCAGUAGUGGCGUGGCUGGGUGAGUUUCAGCUGCAGUUCUACACCACCCACUUCCUCACCGCGGGAUAUGAUCUAGACACCAUUAGCCGCAUGACCCCUGAGGAUCUGACGGCAAUUGGGGUCAUGAAGCCCGGACAUCGAAAGAAGUUAAUAUCAGAGAUCAGCAAGCUGCCCUCCACAGACUGGCUGCCCGACCACAAGCCUGCUAAUCUGGCAGACUGGCUGUCUCACCUGGGCCUUAGUCAGUACUACCAGGUACUCGUGCAGAAUGGUUAUGAGAACAUUGACUUUGUCUCGGACAUCAGCCUUGAAGAUCUGCGAGAGAUUGGCAUCACUAAGCUCGGUCAUCAAAAGAAGAUAAUGUUGGGAGUAAAGCGACUGAAGGAGCUUCAGAGAGGAGAAAGUGGCUCUGAGCCUCCUCAGAGCCCCUCUACACCUCCAUCCAGCCCGGGCGGCAGCACCACAUCAGAGCUGCGGAAAGAGGCGAGGAAGCAGAGGGACGGGGUGCCCAGCCCUCUGGCCAAACCUCGCCCAGGUCUCACACAGACACAGACCCCUCCCCACACACCGACUCAAACCCCACCGCAAACGCCCCCGCACACUCGGACCCAGCAGGCUUCCCCCAGGGCUCGGCCGCGGCCAUCCACCCAGCAGUCGACAGCAGACUCGGCAGUACCUCUGCUGCGGCUGCCCAACGAGGAGGAAGAGCGACGGAGAACUCACAGUCUAAUUGGCUCGGAAUCAGACUCUAGAUAUGCCACCGUGUGCCGCAGCAGCUCUUCACAUACCGCUGCCACUAAUGAUGUCACUGUUAACCGCAGCCAGUCAUCUGUCACCCUCCGCCCCCGUAGGAAAGGUCGGCCCCCAACACCUCCUAAACGAUCCUGUUCUUCCAUUACCGGGGGUGACGGGGAGGGCGAGGGGCAGGUGGAGGGGCUGCUCGGGCUGCCAACCUAUCGAGAGCGGCGAGCUAGUGACUGCGGCAGCUUGGGAGCUGCUUUAAGGGCUCAGGAGUCAGCAGGCUUGGAGAGGUCAGAUGGGGCUUCUGGGAGUGUUCGCAGCCUCGCGGCCAUGCUGGAAACAUCCAUCGUGAGUGGAACCAAAACCCUCCCGAAGAAUCUGGGAAGCAGCACCAACUACCUGCAGGUGAGUCCGCCGCUUCUUCGUCGCCAGGCAGGCGCAGGAGGUCUCGGAUCUGAAGAAGAUGAUGUUUUAAAUCGCCGCAGGACCAUCAGUGGACCCGAAGGCCUACCCGGAGAUCAGUCUGACCAAUUACCUCAGCAACCGGUCCCGCGACGCCCCGAGCCUCGGCCCCGCUCCACGGUGCUCACCUCAGCAUCAGAGAUCACAGACGGCACAGCGACGCUCCGGAGGAAGCCGCGUCCUGUGGCUGCGGACUCUGAAGCUCCUGCAUCUGUGUCUACCACUGUCGUUACCAUGACUACUGGCUCUGACACCAUACGCAGGAGGCCACGCACGGCUGAGCACACGGAGCAUCUCAUUCAAAGCAAUAACCAAUCAGAUUCUCCUAUCAGUCAAAUAGAUAGCUGCCGUAAAAUUGAAAGCGAGCUGCAGCAGAACGGUGGCGUGAUCCUGAGGCGGAGGCCGGUGUCUGAGGUCUCCGAGAGGAUGGAGACCAACAAAGAGAGCUGUGAGUGGCUGGAAGCUAGGAAGUCUCUGAAGCCACCAGUUUCACCCAAACCAUCCACUGUCACCCUGAAGAAGCCGCAAGCUGACCCCCGACCCCGACUCGUAGGGUCCCCAUACCCGGGCCUGACACUGCUGAGCUGGCCCAGAGCCCCGAGUCGAAGCGUGUCCCUCCCCCCGUGUCGCCGAAGCCGCGUGGGCCUCCGACAGCACCUAAACCCGGCAAAGCAAUAGUAGCUUCAGCAACCAUGAGCCCCAGCCCCGCCGCUACCAGCCCGGCUGCAGCCAGCCCCACCCCGGCCCCCAAACCCUCCUCUCCACUCUCUGCCGCCCCUCUUCCAGCUCCUGACACCCCCUCCGCUCCCUGCCUCUCACCCGGGCUCCC